ACACUACGAUAAUUGCUGUCUGGAUCAGGCCUCUACUGCGAUCCUCGGACGGCACUUCUCUCACAGAUCCAGGCCUGAAUAUUAGCAAGAUCAGAGUGUCCGGGGACGCCGCUGACAUCGACGACCUCUGCCGGACUCUUAUCACCGAUGUUGCCUUCCGCGGCGUGCUUCAGGGUAUAGGUUCUGCCGAGUUAAAAGUCUACAGCCGAUUGGACGAGAGCGGCCUGCCGGUAGACGAGCUACCAGUCUAUCAAAAGUUGUCCAGAAUCCCUAUUGACGAGACAUACGGUAAUCCUUUUGUCGUGGUUGUAGCGCCGCUACUGCCAGACGUAAACCAGAUCAAACUCAAAGAAUGGCGUGAAUUUAAGAAUGUUAUUCAGAAUCAUGGACUUUCCACCACACGUGAACAUGAUCUGCCAACAUUUAUUACAUAUCCAGAGAUAGUCAGUGAAGCUGACGUUCAAAUAGGGUGGUGUGGGGAGGAGAUUGCUCUCAAGAUCUCUGAUAUAUUAAUAUCACAACAUCCAGAGUUUAAGGAGGAAUUACUCAAUGAGGUGGCAAUUUACAAUACUUUAAAAGAGUUACAAGGGAAAUACAUACCAAUACUUAAAGCAGCUGGAUACCUAUGGGAUCAGAUGCUUUUUGGUAUUGCAACAGAGAUU